GUUGCGGUGUAAAGGUCGCAGAGCGCUCUUGUUCUACAUUCACCAGUUUUCGCUCCUAGAUUGGAAACGUUUUGUCCAUUAUUUUCUGCCAAUUAAACAUUUAUCACGUGGGAAUGUCGGAUAGUCAAGCGCAAAAAGACGAGCUUAGUGAAAUGCAAUCGAAUGCAAAUAGUGUUGAGGAUUUUAUAGGCAACACCAUGAGCCAAGAAGUUGCUCAUGACUUGCACCAUCUCAUGUUUGAAGAUAAAAAAGCUUUGCUUACCGAAUAUGUACGGCAAACAAUUAAAAGUUACCGGCAGCAGAACAAUAUUUUCAUCUUAGAAACAUCGCUGAAAAAAGUAAUGCUCGAAUCGGAGCAGGUUAAACAACAUAUGCAGAACGAACAACGAUGCCGAGCGGAUGUGCAAACUUUAACGAAAGAACGCCAGGAACUGUCACGUAAUUUAAACGCCAAGCAGGAGAAAAUUGAUACACUUGUGAAACAGAUAGAAACGGUUCGUGCAUACUUUAAAAAUGAGGUCCGGACUAAUCGACAGAAAAUAGAAGAUUUGAGCAAAGGCGUUUCAGUGAUUGGAGAGAAAGCAUCCGAGCAGGCGAAUGAAUUCCAGACACUUGCGGAACGCUGGAAUGCAUGUAGGAUGGAGCUCGAAAAAAGAAUCAAGCAUUUGACGGAAGAAAAGAACGUACGAUAUGCCAGUCAAAUUGAAAUGGUGACAAAAAUUGAAACAUUGAUAAAGGAACAGGAAAUGUCUGCAAUGACACUAUCUGAGGAGCUGAAAGGAAUACAACAGAAAAAUGAGCGCGGUAAGCAUGAGAUUUCCGAAAUUGACGAGACAAUCACAAAGCUAGAACAAGCGGAAGAUCAGACAACCGAAGAAUUUAAGCAAACCAAGCUGAGUGGCGAACAACUUCUCAAUAAUUUCCGGGAAGAGUUGGAAGCCAAACAGGCGGAAAAAAAUAAACUGCUUGAUGAGAAAGCACAAGCAUGCGAUGAAAUUCGUCAACUGCGUGAAAAUCUAACAGAAUUGAAAAAUAGGAAGCAUGCCGCACUGGAAAAUCUGAACAAAACCGAAGAAUCUAUUACCCACAAGGGAGAGGAAUUGAAAAAACUGCUUGCAUUGGAGGAAGACCUCAAAGAGCAAACAAAGUCGAAGUCAAAGUUUCCCAACAUAAUGAAGCCAGGAGUAAAAACCCACAUAAUGAAGCCUCCACCUACAUCAUUAAGUACAAACAAGAAUGCAACUAGAAGUCAGGAAAGCGAUUCCAUGAGCAUACUAUCAUAUCAUCAUGACAACCGUGUUAGGUACAUAGAGAGUUCCAACUCCAGAUUUGAUACCACAAGCGAAAUGGAUGCUGCUAAUUAGGAGUUCUUUUUUCCAAUUUGAUUCCUCUGCAAUCCAAAGCUAUCUGUUUAACUAUUGUAUAAACACAUAUCUGUUUCAUUACAUUACCUAUUACCUUAUACUCCUAAACACUGUUUCAUUACAUUACCUAUUACCUAAUACUCCUAAACACGCACACUA